GUUCAGCUUGCAAUGUUCUCGUUCCGUUCAGUUCGGUCGCAAAUCUCCACCUCGUCGCUGCUUGUUUUGCGCAGUAUCUUGACCAGUGAGUUGGCGAUAACUACACACUAAUGAUGAUGUCCCAGGAGCAAUUCAAACUGGAGCGGAAAAUCAUUAAGCAUCGGAACCGGAAUGCAGCUUAUCACUUUCAGCUGCCGGCCUUUGUGAAAAUGGUUCACAGGGCCAAUGCCGUUCCAAUUUUGGACUCGAACACUGUGAACCUUCUGGAAGCUCUAACGGAUUUGCUGGCAAAGAUAGCCGAAUUCGACGGAUACAGGGCACCGAAUAUGGACGAACUUGAUCUUAACGGAUUGGAUGUGUCAUUUUCGUUCGGAUGUCAUUACUGUGAUGAAAAACAAUUUAAUGUCAUGCAGGCGCUGGAUCACGUAAUGACCGAUGCUCAUCCGCAACAGCCCGACAAGAAAGCGAGUAAACUUCAACGUUUCCGAGAAGGCGCGAGCGGCCACUACCAAACGUUCCUCUUGCAGAAGCACGAACUUAUGAUCAAGAAUCGGCUGCUCCGGCCGUCAUUGGACAUGAUGGUCGAUUUGUAUUUGGUGACGAAAAGCUUCCUCAAGAUGACGUCCAGAUUUUUGUCCUCGUUGGACAUUCUGGGAGUGGUUCCGUCGACGGUCGUGGCGCGAGGAGUAAUUGAUUUGCUGAAGCAAAUAGAUUCACUGAUCACGAGAGCCAAGUGCAUCGAAUCGGUACCGGAAUUCAACACGAUGGUGGGACAUUUGUUCAACUUCGAUGUCAAGUUUGUUAGCAAGGGGAAAGUGUUCGAUGAGGUUCAUGCGGCGAUGAAUCACGCCGCGUACUCUUCUGGUUUGAAGUCAGAUUUUGUGCCUCCAGUGGAACGGAACAUGUUCUCGUUCCCACAAAUGAUCAAUACUCAGCCCCAGCUGAACACCCUGGUUGGAUCUCCCAUUAUGUCAAGCCUACCCAUGACAUCGGGACCGAAUGGUAUGCCGAAUAUUCUUCCCUUCACGGCGGGCCCGCCGAUUCGCAUGUUACCACCGCAGAUGCCCACUACGCGACCCCCAAUGAUGCCUGUUCCCCUCCUGCCGGUCAACAUGCACAUAAUCAACGCUGAGCAACAACGAUUUCAGCAGAUGCUGUUCAACCAUACUAUUGGAAUUCCGCAACACUCAGUCUUCCAACAACAACAACAACAACAAAUGACCUUUCCAACACCUCCACCGCCACUGCCGGACCAUAUUGGGGUCGGCUGUGGCAGCGCCAAUCCCGAUUUGCCGACAAUUUUCAAUAGUCAUCAACGGUUGCCACCGCUGAAUCAAACCGGCACGACGAUGCAUCCCUGUUUCAGUGCCGAUUUAAAGCGUUUCCUAGAGCAACCACAGCUGGAGAGUCUGAUCGAGAACGGAAAUUAUUUGGUCAAAUUUAAUAAGUCCAGCGUCAUCCCGGGAGAGCUUACGGAUGUCCUGAAAGCGGUAGCACCCGACGUUAACGUGGAAUGUUUCGGUGCCAAGGUAUCCGGCGUUGGGUACGAAGAGGACUUCAUCAACCUCUACGUGGAUGAUGGAAAGAAACCCAAAACGGCUGCCUCGGUUCAGCUCCUGUUCAACGAGCUGAUGUCCUUCUUUACCGCUAAUAGCGACGAGUGGGUGGUGCAGAACACCGAAGAAGCCGGCAUUCGAACGCACCUCACUGUGAAGAACAACUGUGAGAACCUGUGCUGUCGGAUCUCGUUCGCCAGCGAAAUCUACUGCUCCAACAGCAAACUGAUCCGAUACUACAUGAACACAUUCCCCAUGUGCCAGAAACUGUGCUACUUUGUGCAGGAGUUUGUCAAACUGAUCGAUCUUAACUUCAAUCGAUACGUGAUCGUUGUACUGGUCAUUUUCUACUUGCAAAGACGAGACUACCUACCCACGGUAGCUCAACUGCAAUCGAAUCUACCCCAGGAGGAACUGUGUGGACCUUGGCUCAUCAACUUCGCCCCCAAAAGCCCGGAAGAACUGAAACUCAAAGACUGCGAAACGGAUCUCCGCAAGAGCGCUACGGAUUUCUUCCAAUUCUACGGCAAACAAUUUUCGUUCAAUGAUUCGGUCGUUUGUCCCCAGAUUGGCUUGGCCAUCAAUCAGUCGGAUUUCUUCGCCGAAAAUGACUGGCGAAUGCCGUUGAAACGGUACAAAACCUAUCUGGAAGCGUGCCAAGCCGCCGGGGGUCAGGAUGCCACAAACAUCGUCCGAUUCGUCACGACUCCGAUGUGCGUGCAGGAUCUGCUGGAACAGACGACCAACAUUUCCCGGACGGUCAGCGGCGGAGAUACCGCGAAAUUUGUACAGAUGUGCAAGAUGGCAUACGAGUUCUACUCGAACAAUCAGUAGAAGUAGUUCGCUUUUUUUUUUACUUGUUAAACUAAUUUGUUUUGUUAUUUUUUUCUGACAAUUCGUUCGAAAUUGUUUUAUUUUAUCGUUGCGACCAAUUGAAUUGGAUUACCAAUCGCGCUUGACUGAGUAAUGCAUAUAAAAGCAAUAGAAACAUAGUGAAAUGAUACAUUUCCUAUGACAACGUACAAUACUGA